AUGGCGAACGCUCCGCCCAUUGUCUUCAUCGCCAGGCAUGGUGCGCGUCUUGAUGCGGCCGACAAGGACUGGCAUUUGACCUCUCCUACCCCUUAUGACCCCCCUUUGUCGUACGGUGGAUGGAUGCAGGCACGGGCGCUUGGUCUUCGCAUUGCCAGUCUCUUGCAAGAUUCCGAGUUCACAGGCAAGGAACCAGAGGCUAAACCUGGCCCGUUUCUGUCCUCGGAUGCCCCCACUAAAUUGCAAGCGACCUCCGCAUCCUCGGACUCGUCUCCGCGAUACAACGUCAUCGUCCACACGUCUCCAUACCUACGAUGUUUACAAACGGCGAUCGGCGUGAGUGCAGGCCUCAGUCACUAUCGGCCCGGGGGUGAACUGUCCGAGUCGGUCGAAUCACCACCCGGGUCUCAGCUUCACGCAGGAGAGGUCGGGAGUCAGGAUGUCCGACCUCUUCUGCGCGUCGACGCGUUCCUGGGCGAGUGGUUAUCGCCUGAUUACUUUGACCAGAUUGUUCCGCCACCCGCGUCGGACAGGAUGGUCGUCUCGGCCAAAGCUGAGCUUCUUCGUCGUGCCGAGGGAAUUCCGAUGGUGCGGGACAUAAGGUCCUCGUCGGGUCACUUUCCUGGUGGAUGGGGCAGUCAGUCUCACCCAGUAUCGCCUAAUGAGGAUGAUGACCGCCGGCUACCCUCACGCAUCUCGUCAACCGCCACCCCUUCUGGCCAGCAGCCUCAGCGACCGCGGGCCAGCACCUACGAUACUCUUCAGGGCACCACUCCGACCAACGGUGCCCCUCUAGCCUUGGGCCGCUUGAACACCGAUCUCCCCUCCGCUGUCGAUGCGGCUUACGUGCCCCCGACUCCCGGGUAUGCAGUCUCUCCCUCGGAUCCCAUCCCAGCCGGCUAUGUGGCGCAUGCACGGGACGCUUGUACCAGGAUCGACUACCAAUGGGAUAGCAUGCGAAAACCGUUCUGGGGCACGGGCGGCGAGUACGGCGAGGAAUGGAGCAGCAUGCAUGAGAGGAUACAUAGAGGGUUCCAACAUAUGGUGGACUAUUACCGCCAACAGGGGAGUGUCGGCGACCGAUCCAGGGCCUUGUCUAAUGCCUCACAGCGCAAGGACAACUCUGCCCAGACCGUGCUUAUUAUCAUCACGCACGGAGCGGAUUGUAACGCUCUGAUUGGCUCCCUCGCUGGGCGCUCAGUACUCCUGGACAUCGGUACUGCCUCCCUCACCAUGGCAGUGCGACGAGACCGCGUGAGGAAGAACACAACCCCAGACUCCGACCGCACGGCCAUCUCCCCUGGCAGCUCCUCCCCCUCCUCACCCAGCAGUCAGGAGGAUCGGUCGGUCUCCCAUGAGUACUCAUUACAACUCAUCGCCUCGAGUGACCACCUGCGUGCGGGGGUGAACCCCUCUCAGCUCGCUUCGCUGUCCUCUUCCUCGGCUCCACAGCCACUCCCCCCGCCCUCUAUCCCGACCUAUCGCAAUCGCCUCGGCUCGCGUCCAUCAGCAUCGAUCUUGCAAGGUUCCUUUUUCAUCGAUCCCACCCCUAAGACGGGACCUGGUUCUCGCAGUUGGUCCAUGAAUUCUCGUCCGUCUCCCACCACGCUAGGUUCGCGAGGAGCAUCGGGCCUUUGGGGCUCUAUCGCGUCUCCCACCGAGGAAGCUGAUGAAGGUGCCGAGGAUGACUUUGUCCCGAAUUUCGGAGCUCCACGAUCCGUGAGUCGCGACUCGUCACCGUCAAAUGCAAUUGUUGACCAGUCUGGAUGGACGAAACAAUUACCCAAGCGUACACUCUCUCAGCGUGGGCUGUGGGGCAGUGCGCCGUCCUUGGAGGACCGCGACGCGGCUUCGAGACGGCGAUGGACUGUGACGGAGCAGAAAUUGUGA